AUGUUCCCCGUGAUCUGCAGCUGUCGCCUUUGGUGGGGUCAGCUGCGGCGGAGCGUCUGCCUGAGUCGCCCUGUGCUGAGCGGGCAGCGCUGCGAGUGCGUGCACAUCCGAGUUGGAGACCGGGCCGAACUGAGCAGGGCUUUCACUCAGAGCGACGUGGCUGCCUUCUCGGAAUUAACGGGAGACGUCAAUCCUUUGCACGUAAACGAAGAGUUUGCGAAGCACACCAGGUUUGGGAAGACGAUUGUGCACGGGGUGUUGAUCACUGGACUCAUCUCAGCGCUCCUGGGCACAAAGAUGCCAGGGCCCGGCUGUGUGUUUCUUUCCCAGGAAAUUCACUUUCCAGCGCCUUUAUAUGUCGGAGAAGUUGUUUUGGCGUCGGCGGAAGUGAAGAAACUGAAGCGGUUCAUUGCUGUCGUUGCAGUGUCGUGUCGUGUAGUAGAAAGUAAAAAGACCGUUAUGGAAGGCUUGGUGAAAGUCAUGGUCCCAGAAGCUCCCAGAUCCUGAAGUAGGUGUGCAAAGGUGCAAGUUCACACCCAAGAGCUGCAGUUAUUAAAAAGCACCUGGCUUAACAGGGACUGUCUCUCUUCCCCGGGGGUGGCCUGUGUUAGGGGAGGGGUGUUCGAAUGUGCGCUUUCCAGCUUGGCCACAAGUGCCACAGGCCAGAGUCUGUGCCCCAAUCCAUCACCUGCCGAGACUUGCAAACUGAAAAACUCCCGGGAAGGUUAUUCAUCUAAGGCUCAGCUUUGUGAAUUUCAAACCCAGACGUGCGUUUGUUAGCACGAGUGUGCCCUUGUCUGUGCAGGAGUUUCUCACAGACGUCGCUAGUGGCAUGCAGUAAUAGGAGGUGGGUCGUUUCUGAACAUGUGCUCUUUACCAGAAGUAUUCCUGGGCCCUGGUUUUCAGUCAUUUUGGGGUCAGAGUUCAUAAAUGUGACUGUUCACAACAAGACGACUUCCUGUCCACCUUCAGUGGGACCCACCUUUCAGGUUUCCUGUUACUGCAGAAGGGUUCAUGUGCGGACUUGGACUUGGUUGUGAAAGCUGCCUGAUUUAUUAAGGGGUAGGGACACACACCACGUUGGGGUUAACAUGGGAGAGGAUGGACACAGAGAGGUAGACGUGGGGCUGACCUGGGGGUGAGGUCGGCCCUGCUUACAGUGGAGCACAUAACAGGCCAGUCUUUGAGGGUGAUAGGCAGUCUCUGUUAGUACUCUGGGCAGAUAAUCAAUGCAGAGUUUUCAUUUUAGGAGUCCAGAUUUUUGCCCUUAAAAAUGUGCCUGUGUUUCCUGUUGUAUAAGUAUAUGCCUGUUGUAAAGAAAAGAAGAAGUUAAGAAAAAUAUGAUGAAGGCCACAAAUGCAAAAUUCUUAAGAGUUUGGGGAUACUGAAGGGGAAACGCACCUGAUGGGUUAAUAUCAAGUGCUUAGCACCAACACCGCCAAUGCUUUUAAGAUGAGAGCCUACAGCACCCUCCAGGUGGCCCACCUGUACAGCCUUCAGAUGCUAACUCUGCUGCUAGAUGUUUUGAUUAAGGUGAUCAGGUGUAACUGGUUGGUUCUGUCAGAUUUCCUGGGAUAGAGAUUUUAUUCCUGCUGGUGGUAAAGUAGAUUUUUCAAUUUUGGAGUUUUUUUUUUUUUUUUACAAAAAGGGGAGCAGUUGAAUUGAUUACUAGAAGUAAUCAUUCUAUUCACUAGAGGGCAGGGAUGCAUAUAAAGUGAAUACUUUAAAACUGAGCUCGUCACUGUGGCAUAGCGAGUUAAGCUGCUGCCUGUAGCGCCGACAUCCCAUAUAGGCGCUGGUUUGAGUCCCAGCAGUUCCACUUCCAGUCCAGCUCCCUGCUAAUGCACCUGGGAAAACAGCAGAAGAUAGCCCAAAUAUUUGAGCCCCUGCACCCAUGUGGGAGACCUGGAUGAAGCUGCUGGCUUCGGCCUAGCCCAGCCCUGGCCAUGGCCAUUUAGGGUGUGCACCAGUGGAUGCAAGAUUUUUUGUCCCUCCCUCUCUGUAACUCUGUCACAAAUAAAUACUUUAUUUUUUAAGAAAAAACUGUAUAA